AAGGGCCUUGAUUGCAUGAAUGAGCAGCAAGUGGCCAUAGAGAGGAUGGCAGGCGAAGACACAUCCUCCUCAUGUUCCACACCUUCAGAGGCCCAUGAAGCCACUGAACAGUUGGGAUGUGUCACUGUUGAACGCCAUGUUCCACGGGUCAAUUGUCCAGAACAUAUUAUUCUUGUCAUAGAUGUGUGCAAAGAAGAGGGGAAUACACCGUACAAGCUUGCAGAUGGUACAAAAUAUUCACCAAUGUAUAUGAUGAAACGUGCUCUUACUCUCUUCUUGCAAAAUAAGCAUGCCAUUGAUUCAAGGCACAAGUUUGCUCUAGUGCUGCUUCAUGAGUCACCAGUAUGGCUCCAUGACUUCACAAGUAACCCAAAAGACAUAAUUGCUGAGCUGGACGAGUUGGAAGAAGCCAUUACUUCCGGAUCCCACUUUGACCUGAGCCAUCUCUUUAGCCUCAUUGCAAAUCAGGUGUCAGUACCUCAUUGCUCUAACCCAGCUGUGGCUCCUCCACCCUAUGUCAUCAGAACAAUUAUGCUCUAUGGAAGGUCACAGUGUUUACCGCAGUUCCUUUCGGGUAAAACAAGCUUUACCAACCUGAAUCAGAGCCCACAUUACUUCCUUGAUAUUUUGUAUAUGCAUGAGACACCAAGUGAUGACAACAAGUGUGAGGGGAUCUUCGACCUAUUGUGUGGACUAGAUGAGAGCGGUUGGAGCUACGUUUUGGAGGUAUCUCGUAAUGCCACCAAGCUGCACAAUCACUGUGGCUCCCUCCUUGCUCACCCUCUGCAACGACCAACACAGAAGGAUGUGCAUUAUACACUUGUGGCAUCAGAGUAGUAUGUUAGGGUUUUCUAGUCAUUUGUCGUGUGUUAGUGCAUUUAUGGUAUGAUUAUUUGUUUACAUGUUUUUUUGAUGUAUUCAUUGAUUAAUUAAUCUUUAAAAAGUGAUUUACAGUAUGUACACUUUUUUUUUUUUUAUGAUAGAAACAGAGACAGGAAAGUAGAAAAAGACUGAUGAAGAUGGAUUAGCAGAUAUGGACAAGCAGAAACAAGGAAAUGAUUAUUCUGUUUUACAAAUAACUGUCAUAUUUUGUAAGCUACCUACUAGUAAUAAAAGUUGCCAUGAAAAUGUACCAAUAUGUAUGAAAUAUGUAUUCAAUUUGCACUUUUUGAUAAGUAAAAGACAAAAUAUCA